AUGGCUGAACUAACCCUUCAUCUCGCCAAUUUACCUCGAAGACCGACCAGCGAAGAUGCUUUCACCAGGACCCUUUUAAGUGCGAUAAAUUCGAACAAUCCCUAUGCUAAAGACAUUGAACUCCCACUACCUCGGCUUGACUUGAAAUUAUUACCUAAGGACAAUCGUAGAAUAACCUACGAGGAGAGGAACACAGCGGCUGUUUUGAAAUUUUACUCCAAGGUUAGAAAUGAAGUUUUGAACGACACUGAGAAGGAUAGUUUUAAUGUAAAGCUCAUGAUAAAGGCACUCAUUGAACAGCUUGAUGCUGUGUAUAGUCCCGACACUGCGCAUGAAUUCACCAUCGGCAAGUUGCGCCGACUUUGUCACCAUAUUCAGCAUGAUCCAGAUCUGAACUUAGCAUUAACGCCGCAAGAGGUGAAAGUCGUCAGAGGCAGACUUCGAAAGUUUGAAGCUAAAAUUUGCCUCAAGAGUACAAGACGAUUAUCACUUCUGGAUGAGCAUUUCCGAAUUGUGUCCUUGUCCAAAGCAACGUGCGAUAGAUACAGCUCAAGAGCAUUUGUAACCUUUGCGGAUCACAGAGCUGCAGAGGACUUUAUUAAUCGUUUCAAAGGCCAUCUAUCCGUACGUGGUCGUCGGGUCACAAUUUCCUUCGCAAGCCAUGAGUCGCUUGUUGGUGGAUACUUACAGAGCGGCAAGCGUGGAAUAGACAGCUUAAACCAACAGAGGGAACGGAAAGAUUCAGGUUUGAGCUCGAAAGUCGACGCUGAUAAGAAAUUGAAACGUCGUAUGAGAAGGAUACGACACAAGCUCGCACUCAAGGGUAUAGAGCCGUCUGCUAUUCAAGAGAUUGUCAACAAGACCAUUCAAGACCGCAUCGCAAUGGCCUCAACGACGAAACCUCAGAUUAAGACUGGGAGCAAAGCGCCUGAGCCGGCGGAUAAAAAGCGGAAGACCGUUGUCGAAGUUGCAGCCAAUCCACCUAACAACGUUCUUCUUGUACAACACCUGCCGUCCGAUGUACAGCAGGAAGAAAUCUCCGCUCUUUUCGCCCACGAUGGUUUCGUGGAGGUACGGUUGGUUGGUGUGAGAAACCUCGCCUUUGUUGAAUAUAAAAGCAUUUCCAAUGCCGCCAGCGCUAUAAGUAAGCUGGGAUCAUCUUAUGAAUGGAAAGGCUCUACAAUCUCCGUGGGAUUUGCAAAGUAG